CGAAGCGCAGCACGAGAUCUCCGAAGCGAUUAAAGAGAUUAAGGCGGUCCAGCAGCAACUGCGUGGGGCCUCAAAGAACAGCGCCUUCGAGGCGACCCUGAAGGCGAUGCUCAAGGCGGCGCGGAAGAAGCGCAGCAUCGCGAGGUGGAGAGCACUGGAAACGUUCUUCGAGUGCUAUGUACGGCAGCUCGAGGGCAAGAGCCGCGAGGGGAAUCAGGCGGGUUUCUACAGGCACCUGAAGAUGAUCGACGUCGAAGGUAAGAGGUCGUUCACCUCUCAGAACAUCAAGGACGAGGACGGCAAGGUCCUUCGGGACCCCACGUUUAUUCGCCAACGGUGGGCACGGUGGUUCCACAAGCUUCUCAACACCAAGUCACCGACCAUCGACCUGCAUGCGGCUGACAAGGUCAAGCGGUAGCCCAUGUGCUUGCCACUCGACGACAUCCCAUCUCUACUCGAGGUUGGGGAAGCGGUACGGGAAACGGCCAACAGAAAGGCCGUCGGGCCGGACGACGUGCCGGCUGAGCUGACC